AUGCUUGCAGCCACUCACUGCACUGUUUUCCCCGCUGUCGCUUCUCACCCUUCCCUUUCCCCCUCCACCCUUUCCCUGGCUCUCUUAUCCCGCCCCGUUCGCGCAACUCCGCUGUUCUCUGCCCCGUUGCACAGCGCGGGCGAGACGCGGCCGGGGGCGCGGUCGUGGAUGGAGCGGAUGGCGAAGGCGGCGGAGGAGAUGGCGCGAGGCGCGGAACGCGCGUCGAAGGAAAUGGCGAAGGUGGCGGCGGCGACGCUGGAGAACCACAGCAAGGCCAUUGAAGCGGCGUCGCCGCUCCUGUCGCAUAUCGUGGGGGGCAACGACAAGGCGACCAACUUCAUCGCGAAUCUCAUCGUUCCGCACGCCCCUGGUGCCUCCGCCAGCGGAACUUCCGCCGCUUCCGCCGCCUCCCCACGCGCAGCAGCUCCGCAGCAGCUGGCGGAAGACCACCUGCGCGAGGUGUCGGAUGACGUGGCAGCCCACGUCAGCAUCAAGCCUGCCAACGUGGCGCCGAUGACGUCAUCCUUCACAUCCCCGUCUUUGGGCGACGAUGAUUCCGCUGUUGCUGCUCCUGCUGCGGCUAACGCGGAUCCUACGUCGGUCCCAUUGGAAAUGCGCAAGGCGGGCGCGCACGUGCUGGUGGGGCGGGAGGAGCGCGGAGCAAUGCGCGCGGAACUGCAGGCGCUGGAGGCCCGCAUGGACGCGGCUUCCGCGGCGGUGGAAGCCGCCAAGAGCCGCCGGGGGGAGCUGCUCCAGGCGCACCCGGAGCUGCGGCAACGUGUGACCGACGUGGUUGAGGGGAAGGUCACUCCACGCGCCUGUAGUCACCCCCCUCCCCCACCUUUCCCCCGUUCCCCCCAUUUUCCCCCGUUCUCCCCCAUUCCCCCCCGUUCUCCCCAGCUGCGGCAACGUGUGACCGACGUGGUUGAGGGGAAAGUCACCCCACGCGCCGUCACCGUCACCGCCUCGUCUGUAGCGCCGUCACCGUCUAACCCGCCGUCUAAUGCGCCUGGCAGCUCAGACGCGGAGGCGGAGGCGCAGGAGGAGUGGGAGGAGGCGGAGGAGGAACAGGCGCAGGCGCAGGGGGGCGCGCAGCAGGGGGUGGUGGCGGGGUCGGUGCAGGCUCUGAGAGCGGGACGGCACAGGCAGAGGGAGCGGCUGCAGAGGCCGGGCGUGGAGAGAAGGCGACAACACGCGGCUCAGGUGCGUCUGUCGGUGCUGCGCUCGUUGGCAGAGCGCCACGGCGUGCUGGCACAGAGCACCGUCGCGCAGGCGUCAACGGGGCAGGUCGUAUCUGCACAGGAAAGCGACCCUGUGCCGGCCACAAGGGACAUGCCACAGCAGCAGCCGCCGCCGCAGCAGCAGUUGCCCCCUGUGGUGGACACAGCAGCACUGUCGCCUGUGGAGCUGGAACUGGUCAAGGCGGAGGAGUCAUGGGACAAGUAUCUUGAAGCAGUCGCGUGGACCAAGGCGCGUCUGCACUCGCUGCGCUCAUCCGCGCCCUCCCCCUCCGCGGCGGCCCUGCUCAGCAUGGAGGCGCAGCUCGUCUCCUCGCUGGCCUUCGCGCAGCAGCGCGCGGACGAGGAGGCUGCGCGCGUGGCGCAGCUGUGCGCGCGCGUGGGCGCGGAUGCGGGGGAGAGGAGGCGCAGCAGGGAGGAGGGGCUGCUGAGGGCCGCGGAGGCUGGGGCGAGGAUGGGGAAAGGGGCGGAGGGGGAGGCGGGAAACGGGGGGAGGGGGGAGCGGGAGGAGGGCGACGGGAAGAGGGUGUUGAAGGGAAGCGGUGGGAGUGGCGGUAGUGGUAGCAGUGGUGGUGGUGGUAGUGGUGGUGGCGGCGGCAGUGGGGGAUCGUUGGCAGGGAUUGGCGACAUGAUGAGUAAGCUCGCCAACAUCCAGAAGAAACUUGAAACAAUGGCCGCCUCUCCUCCCUCUGCCACAAUCAAGGCCGCCCUCCCCUCUCUCUCCCCCGUCUCUGCCUCCUCCACUUCAGCCCCCUCCCUCUCCCCCAUCUCCUCCUCCUCCUCUUCCCCCUCCCUCUCCCCCUCCUCCUCACCAACCCCCGCCGUUGCCUCCCUCUCCUCCUCCUCUCACACUCUCUCCUCCUCCCUCCUCCUCUAUCUCUCCUCUUCCGCCCCUUCCUCCCCCCACCAGCACGAGUGUUCGCAGCACGAGCUACAGCAGUACGCACAGGCCAUCCGCAGUGCCUAUGCUGAUGCCCUCUGCUCGUGCACCUCUUAUUUCCUCCCCCCUCCCCUUCCUUACCCCUUCACCUCCCCCGUUUUUCAUGCCAUCACCAGCACGAGUGUUCGCAGCACGAUCUACAGCAGAGCUGGUGGCGAUGGGCGGCAAGGAGGUGGAGCGGUGGGCGAGGAGCUGGUGGCGAUGGGCGGCAAGGAGGUGGAGCAGUGGGCGCGGUCCUUUGUGGCUCAGUCGCUGGCUACAGAGGUGCGCAAGCGCAAGGUUGUGCGCGCCUAG